AUGGAUCGCAGGCUCUCCAACCCCAUGGCGCCCGCCUUCAUGGUCUCUGCCCCCGGCAAGGUCAUUGUCUUUGGCGAGCACUCGGUCGUCCACGGCAAGGCUGCCAUUGCCGCCGCCAUCUCGCUGCGCUCCUACCUUCACGUAACGACGCUCUCCAAGUCAAAACGCACCGUCACCCUACGCUUUCCCGACAUUGAUCUUGUCCACACGUGGAACAUUGACGACUUGCCCUGGCAUGUCUUCCAGCAGCCCUCCAAGAAAAAGUCAUACUACGCCCUCGUCACCGAACUCGAUCCAGACCUUGUUGCCGCGCUCCAGCCCCACGUGGCUGCCGUCUCCCCAGAUCUGCCCGACGAGAUCCGCAAAGUCCACCGCAACUCCGUCUCGGCCUUUCUCUACCUCUUCCUCUCCCUCGCCCUGCCCUCCUUCCCCGGCUGUCUGUAUACGCUUCGAUCGACGAUACCCAUCAGCGCCGGUCUUGGGAGCAGCGCCUCCGUGUCCGUAUGUCUGUCGGCCGCCCUGCUGGUCCAGUUGCGCGCCUUGUCCGGCCCGCAUCCCGACCAGCCCUCGGAGGAGGCUCGCCUCCAGAUCGAGCGCAUCAACCAGUGGGCCUUUGUGGCGGAAAUGUGCAUCCACGGCAAUCCGUCGGGCGUCGACAACACCGUCGCCACCCAGGGCAAGGCCGUCCUCUUCCAGCGACACGACUACUCCAAGCCUCCCUUGGUACGUCCUCUGUGGACCUUUCCCGAGUUGCCGCUCCUUCUCGUGGACACCAAGCAGGCAAAGUCGACUGCCUACGAGGUGGCAAAGGUUGCCAAGCUCAAGCAAGCGCACCCGAAGCUCGUGGCAUCGAUCCUCGAUGCCAUGGACAAGCUCACCGGAACGGCCGCUCAACUGAUUGCCAACCAGUCCUUUGACGAAAAGGAUGAGGGGAAUCUGACCAAGGUGGGCGAGCUCAUGUCGGUGAACCACGGCCUACUGGUAUCCUUGGGCGUAUCGCACCCUCGCCUGGAGCGAAUACGCGAGCUAGCCGAUCACGAGGGCAUUGGCUGGACGAAGCUCACGGGUGCCGGCGGCGGCGGCUGCUCCAUUACCCUGAUGCGCCCCGACGUGCCGGAGGCCAAGCUGGCCAAGCUGCAUGAGCAACUACGGGACGAGAAUUACCUCCAGUUCGAGACGACUCUCGGUGGUGACGGUGUCGGCGUCCUCUGGCCGGCUGUUCUCAAGAACGGCACAAAAGAGGACGAGGAGGGCGGCAUGGAGAUUGACUUGGAAAAGUUCCUCAACGCCGAGGGCACCGAGGGCGUCGAGCGGCUGGUCGGCGUACACGGCGACGGGGGCGAGAGAGAAGGAUGGAAGUUUUGGCGCGUAGAGGGCGCCUAG